GAUUCAAAAUUCUCCCGGCUUGCAGGAGGGGAGACCAAGCUCUCCUCCUCUUUCUCUCUCUAAAACCAGGCUACUUCAAAAAUGAAAACCCUUGGAUUUAUUCAAUGAUUGAAGCCCUAACUUCCAAGUGGCAAACCAGUAGACAGGGCAUGGCCAUGACAACCUUCCUUUCGUCACUUACCGGAUUUUUCAAGCUUCCUUUUACCGGAUUUCGCAAACUUCCUUUUCCUAUCUCUAUCAGUCUCUGUCAAGCUUCAUCACCAUACCUCUGGCUGUGGAGCUACUCUGCACCGGGUCCUUUAAGAAUGGAUCUCCCUUCACCUGGUUCCUCCUGCCCUGAUUUUCUAUUUUGUUUCUUCAUCUUACCUCUAAAUGGAUGGAGGGGUUCCCUCUGUUUAAGUGGGAUUGGUUGACUAUGAAUUUUUUUGUGCCGUAAAGUUUUUUGCAUGAAUUUGAUUUUUGAAAGAAUCAGUGUUCUAUGUGCAUUAUGAGAGGAUUCUCUUGGAAUAUUUUUGCCUCUUAGGGUUUUGAUAUUCUUGGAUUUUCUGAGCCCUGGUUUUUUCUCAGGUCUAUUUAAAAGUUAUGAAAUUCUGAUCUUUUGGUAGCAGAGUCUUGAUAAGUUGAAUUUCUAAGCUUCUUUCUUGUUUUCUUCUUUGUUGCUUAGAUGUGCCCUAUAAUGUGUUGAUCUACAAGAAAUACCACUAUUCGGAAUUCGGGACGUUGUUUUGCCUCGUUCUUUUCAUGCAAUGCUGGUGUUUUGGCAGUAGAAACUUGGUCUUUUGAAUGUUGAAACUCCUGCUGGCUUUUCUCUGAAGAAUUCUGCAAAAAAUUGAUGCAUUUUUGUGGAUUAUGUUGAAUUUCUUCUUCUUUCCCUUUAAUCUGCAUUAUAACUUUUAUUCCUAGAUGAUUAGAGCGGUUUCCUGAAACUUUGAGCUAAUGGUCCUUUUCACAAGUAUCUGUCCAUGUUUCUUCUUUGUUUGCUUGUAGACUUUGUGUCAACUUUUCUUUUUAACCCCUAGAGCUGCACAUUGAAGUUUAAGGAGUUUCUUUUUGUGCACUCAGUUUUCCUAUGUUUAUCUCUUCAAGUCCAGAUUUGCGGUCUUGUUUGCUUUGCACUUCCAAGUGUCUACUAGUGUAUGUUCUAUAAUCUUGUGCAUUGAGCAUCUCCAUAAUGGGAACUUUGAAUCUAUAUUCUUUGGAGCUAAUUCUGUUACAGUUUUGGAGAUUCUUAAGAUUACAAAAUUCUGGUUACUUGUAAAGUUCUAAAAUCUUGAUUAUCCAACUGAAUUUUUGAGUCUCUCAUUAGGUUUGCCCAAUUCUCCGUCUAAGCCCAUUUUGAGCCUUAUAUUUCAUUUUUGUGAUUAUACAUGAUGAAAUUAGAUACCCAGCAUCGUUGUAUCUCAGUUCCCACCCAAAUUUGUAAAUAUCAAUCCGGAAGCAAUAAUUUUUUAGAUUCAUUUACAUUGUUGUGAAUGUGAUUCCCCAAUCAUGAGAAAGAUUUUCUCCACUCUCUAAUCAAAAUCAACAAAAUUGGCUGCCCUCAAUCCGAUUUGUUCUUUUAAAACUGAAUAAGUUUUUAUCUGCAUCCUGAAACCCUGGACCACCAUGGAGAUUGAUCCUGAUGCACCUGAAUGGCUGAAUCUCAAUGGUCUUAACUCACCCUCAGAACCAAUCGAAUGGAUUUUAGACAAACAGGCGAUCAUGGAUAGGCACCAAACAUGUGUGCCCCCAAUGAACAGUCCUCUUUCAAGCCCUGAAAAUUUUUUUAAUGUCUAUUCUGUAAGUAGUGAAAGAGACAAUGAGACCAGUACCAUCCAAGCCAACAUGUCACGGGUCAUGGACUGCUCUUCUCAUGAAGUUGGGCACAUGAUCAACAAUGCAUCAACUGAUAGCUUGAGGAGAGUGGCGUUAGAGUGGUACGAGAACUUUAAGAGGAAUGGGCUUGCUAAAGAAGCAGAGAAAGCGUUAAGGGAGCAGUUUGAAGGUGAAGAACUGGAUGGAGAGGGAGGAGAUCAAGGGGGUAUAUUGAGUGAAGGAGGAGCACAUCUCGUUGGGAUGAAGUAUGUGUUGAAAGAUGGUUUUGUUAGCUAUCUUCAUGAAGUUGCUCAGAUAACGUCGAUACCUCAACAGGUGGUAAGAUUUUCUGGUAUUCAAUACUCCAGGAAAUUUGAAAAUUUGCAUAGUGGAUAUGAAACAUUCGGGAAGAAGCUCUUUGGGUGCUUCUUUGGCCUUGCUUUUCGUCUUCUCCAGAAAAGAUACUCAUCUUGGAUGCCUGUUCUUAAAGGCAUCGAUGGCUAUGUUAUGCCUGGAUCAAUGACUCUCCUUCUUGGUCCUCCAGGCAGUGGGAAAAGUUCGCUUCUGCAAAUUCUUGCAGGGAAAGCAGGAUCUUCAAAGCUUGCACUUUUGGAAGGAGCUGUCAUGUAUAAUGAUAAGCUUGCAUCAGAGGUUUGUCUAAGCAGGCUGGUUGCAUUUAUCGAUGGCCAGUUCAACAAGCAUAUUCCUUUCUUAUCCAUACGUGAAACUUUGAAAUUCGCAAGGGACUGCACUCAGGGUCUGAGGCCCAAGAACUUCACCCCACAGAUGAGGAAAUUCUUCGCAGAUGCCCUGGUUGAGGGACAGGACCCUUUCCUGGAAUAUGUGCUGGAGAUCCUUGGCUUGAAAGAAAUCCAGCAUCAACUUGUUGGUGAAGAAUUGUCUGAGAGUGAUCAUCAGAAGUUGACCACUGCUGAGCUUGCACUUGGGACAUAUGCUGUGAUGCUUUAUGACCAGCCACCUGCAGAUUUAGACCCAGCAGCUAUUUAUGACCUUGUUGACAUGCUGCGAAUACUCAGCAGGAUUAAACAGUCCUCCGCAGUAAUGGUUCUCCCUGAAGUUUCGCAAGAAACCUUCAAUCUGUUUGAUAGGCUUGUUCUUCUAGGAAAUGGACAAAUAUUGUAUCAAGGGCCUCGUCAGGAUGCUGUCCUCUACUUUGCAAAGCUGGGAUAUACUAAGCCAUUGCAUGUAGAUUCAGGUGCUUUCUUGGAAGACAUAGCGAGUGGGCAGGGGUCCCAAUACAUUGCCCCAGGCUUUGCUGCAUUAAGUGUGGAGGAACUUGCUAAGUGCUACAAGAUGUCAGAUCACUACAAAGAUGUGAUGAGAAUUGUCGAGGGAGAGGAUAUCAAAUGCACUUAUUGGGUAAAAAGUGAAGCUGGUCUUUGUCUGUCUUUAAAGACAGAAUUUGGACAUGGUACUUCAGUCAAUUCUGAGCCCAGACAUGAGGCAGAGUUGGUAGUUGCUGAGUUGUCAAGCAAGAUUGGUUCCUUCGAGGGGAUAGAGAGCACAAGCAUAGUUCAGGUUGGUGAUGUCGUGAAAGGAAUCUCCAUAAACAAUGAAGGGAUGCAGUAUCUUGGAGUAGAUUCAAGGUGGAACCAAUGUGAUGACACCUCCCAAGUUUACUCAAAGCUUAGUCAUGCACGUGGCCAUAUCAGUCUUCAAUUGGAACGUUACAAAGAUAGGGAGGACAAAUACCAAUCUCAUUCUGAACAAUUUCAGAGACCGUUCAUACAGACCUGGGGGGAAUCAACCAAGGUUCUCAUACAGAGGCAAAUGAAAAUUGCUAGACAACUUCAUAUGUUGAUCAAACUCCGCUUAUUCCAGUCUACUGUUUUGGGCUUAUUUGCUGGGACGAUGUUCUACAAGAUGGUGGGGCAGUAUAAUCAGAUGCAGAUGAAUUCUGUUCGGGCUCUCGGGUUUGUAUCAACCAUGAAUGUUAUGCUGAUAAACCUAGUACAACUUCCUCUCCACAUGCUUCAGAGGCCCAUUUUCUACAAGCAGAGAUCCCAGAGAUUUUUCCGAGCUUCUUCCUUUGCAAUUGCCUAUCAUGUUGUCAGCCUUCCACAGGCAUUUCUUGAGGCACUGGCAUACACAAUUUGUGUUUACUUUUUGGCUGGCCUGUCUUUGGUAGCAAAUGGUGUGAUAUUCUUGGAAUACCUUCUUUUGCUAUUUCUGGUGGACUUUUUCGGUUCAUCUCUGAUCUUUUUGAUAAGUGCCAUCUCUUCCAUUUCUGAAAUGGGGAGUGCUUUGGCAGGGUUGAUUGUCUCCUACUUCCUCCUCUUCUGUGGCUUCGUAAUCUACCCACAUAACAUUCCCAGAUACUGGAAAUGGAUGUACUACAUAAACCCGCUCCACCACGCCAACUUAGCCUUCUGCUACCAACAAUUCAAUCACGGUUAUGCCAGGCCUUGCGCUGACUUCAUUGACGAGCUCCCCUUCUGCAAAAGCUCACCAGGUCAACCAGUUGGAAAAGCAUAUCUUGCAUUCAAUCAGAUAGCAGGCAGCAGCAGAAGCUGGCUCCCAUACGUUGUGAUAUUUGGUUGGAUUAUUAUUAUUCACAUUCUAACCUUCAUAGCACUGAAUAAGAUAGAAUUCAAGGGGGACAAUCCAUCUUUGCCCCAGCUCAAAAGGACUAAGGUGCCUAGAAAUUAUGAGGAAAAUGGGGCGAAUGGUUUGUGUUCAUCUAGCAGAGGAGAAUCUGAUGACAGCUUCAUGUCCAAGUUGGUAUGGCCAGCCUCACCUGACCUUGGUCCUUGGAUGCCGAAGACUUGUGUGGACAUGGGGUGGGCUGGGCUUGCUCUGCCUAUCAUUCCAAUGGUGCUCUCAUUCGAGAAACUUGCCCUAACAAGGUCCAACCCAAAGACCAAAGAAAUCUCCCAUGUGUUUGGUCCUGUCUCUGGCUUUGCAGUGCCUGGCACAAUGCUAGCCCUAAUCGGUGGUCUGAAAUCGAGCAACUCCAUCCUCCUCCGAUGCCUAGCUGGCCACACCCCUCCAUCAGGCAAACUCACUGGUGAGCUCCUUGCCAAUGGCCGCCAGCUACCCUCCAUCUCUGUAUUCUCUCGUGUAGUUGGCAUUGUCGUGGGGCUUGAAGCCCAUCAAUGCUAUCUCUCUGUUCGUGAGUCCCUCCAGUUUAGUGCAGGUCUUAGGAUUGAUUCCUCUUCCCCAACCAUGAGCCGCAGUGCCCUUAGGCUUCAUGUUGAGCUUGUACUUGCUCAGCUUGGCCUCACCCCAGUGGCUGACUGGCUUGUUGGCUCCUUCUACAGCAAAAAAACCAAAGAAAUUGCACGUAAGAUUGCCAUUGCCAUUGAACUUGCUGCUAACCCUAGCCUCCUCUUCCUCGACAAUCCUACCUCUGGCCUCGACAAUGCUGCCUCUUUAACUAUUCUUAGUAUCCUGUCUCGUGUGUCAGCUUCUGGCCGGAUUAUCAUCUCCUCUUUGACCCACCCAAGUUCCCGAGUCCUUUCCCUAUUUCAACGUGCCCUAAUUUUGAGCCACAAUGGUGGCCAUGCAUAUUUUGGGGCAGUGGGUUUUGACUGCAAAGAGAUUCUUGACUUCUUCAACUCGAUUCCAAAAGUGCCCCAAUAUCUUGGAACACAGAGUCCAACUGACUUCGUUAUGGACAUACUUGGUUGUGGCAUCAACAAUCGCAAACCCCCUAUAAAGAACUUUGCAUAUAUAUACGAAUCCAGUACGUUGCAUGAUGCCAACAGAAAGGAAAUCAUCAACGUGAGGAAGAGGUUGACUGGGCAAGGGAAGCCAUAUAUGGCAGACUUUGCAUACCCCACGACAUAUAUACGGCAGGUGGCCAUGGUAGUCCUAAGGAGCCAAAGACUCCUAUGGAGGAAUGUGCGCUACACGUUUGGGAGGCUUAUUGGAUGUGCCACAUUAGGCCUCCUAAUGGGCUCUCUCUACUUCCAAAUCGAGUACAAUGACAUUUAUGGGUUGACCUCAAGAGCACUCUACAUAUACAUGCAACUCUUGCUGCUUGGUGUGGUCUCUGCUAACAAUGUGAUCCCUCAAAUUAACAGCGACCGACCUGCAUGGAUUCGAGAGAGACGAUUAGGAUUAUAUGCUCCCUUCAUAUACCCAAUCUCUUGGGCAUUUGCUGAGGCCCCAUACUUCCUCAUCUCCAGUCUCGUGCUUGUAAGCAUCGGGAAUGGCCUUGCGGGAGUAGCCACAAGGAGCGUUAGAGCAUUCCUAACAUAUUGGGUAGGGCUUUGGGCAUUUGUCAUGUGCUCGACUUGCUUUGGGAUGAUGGUGGCUCUCUUGGUUCCAACUCCUGCACAAGCUGCCUUUAUUGUCUCUGUGAUGAUGUCUAUGUGGGUCUCCACUUCUGGUGUGCUUGUGCUUCCUCCUGAUAUAAGACUAUAUUAUCGUGCACUCUUUUGGUUCAACCCGUUUCGACUAGCUGGCAAUGUUUUGACGUCGGUGAGCUUUUAUUGUGACACUGGGAGGUGCAGGUUGAGUGGGGUUUGCAGCUGCCCAAGGCUGCCUGAUGGGGUAUUUGUUUGGGACGAGAUCCAGGCUGCGAGGUGGUUGAACCCAGGUCGGGUUGGGUGGGAUAUUCUGGCGUUGGUCGGGAUGAGUGUCUUGUUUACGGGACUUGCAUCUGUCUUCUUUGUCACCCUUAGGCACAACUCGUCAGGUUCAAGAUAGGGUGGGUGGUCAAAUGUGGCAAUUCUACAUUUUCACCAGUUUUACUUAAAAGUCUUACUGUAAGAAUUAGCAAAUAUACGUGGUUAUGCGGCAGUGCAUCUUUGUGGUGCUUGUUUUUGGGCAGCCAAUCUGUGUUUUAUGCUCACUCUUUUUAUUCAGAUGUAGUGUUGCAGUCUUCAAUUCUAACCAUUCCAAGCUUGAAUCCUGAAGCUCCUGCUUUCUAUCAAGAUGUUCCGAGGUUCUCCAUGUCAAAUUAAGGUUGAUAUGCAAAGGCGAAUAAUUUAAACUCACAUUUACAUUAACCAGCCUCACUGGAACUACGACUUUUUUUGGUUACUUUAGCCGCAGGAUUCAAACUUAACAUGUAGUGUUGCCACAGUCGAUGCCUAAAGAAUCAUGCGAGCGUGAAUCUGAACCUUUUAAGUUCUCCUUUAUCGAGUUUUGCACUGAAAGAAAUGCAGUAUUCAAUUUGUCUUC